AUGCCCAGGAUAACGACGCGUGUGGCCGUGCCGUUUCUGGUGGCUAUGAUGCUACUGACGGGUGUCUGCAACACACUGCUUACCAAGUACCAGGAUAUGCAAUGCGUGCGACACUGCGAUGCCGAGGCCAACAAGCGGAAGCUCUUUAAUCAGCCCGUACUGCAGACAGCCCAGAUGUUUGUCGGUGAAAUGGGCUGCUGGCUUGUCAUCGGACUCAUGGCCAUUUAUAACCGCUUCCCCGGGGCUGCGUCUGCCGCGACAAACACCCACUACCAGGCCGUCAACACCGACGAGACAGCCGAUGUUGCCCCCGACGCCGACGAGAACGCCGACGACGACAACCGCAAGCGUGAUCUACUCAAGGGAUUCGGCAUCGUUCUACUUGCGCUGCCAGCCAUCUGCGACAUUUUGGGUACAACGUUGAUGAAUACCGGCCUGCUUUUAGUGGCUGCCUCUAUUUACCAGAUGACCCGCGGCGCUCUGGUCCUCUUUGUCGGCCUCUUCUCCGUCCUCUUUCUGCGCCGCCACCUCUUCCUAUUUCAGUGGCUCGCACUCGCUGGUGUUGUCUCUGGCGUCGCUGUGGUUGGUCUCGCCGGCGCGAUCUGGCCUGACGAAAAGGUGCGCCACGCCGGCGCGUAUGCCCACGACGGCGAGGGUCUCUCCGACGCCGUCCGCGCAAUCGUCGGCGUUCUCCUGAUUGCUGGUGCGCAGGUCUUUACUGCCACGCAGUUUGUCUUGGAGGAAUGGAUUCUGGAGAACUCGCCCAUCGAGCCCAUCAACGUCGUGGGCUGGGAGGGUUUCUUUGGCUUCCUCGUGACGGUUGGCGGCAUUGUGUUUAUGCACUUGAUUGUCGGCCGCACUGAGGCUGGCCGCUAUGGCGUCUUUGAUGUUGUGGAAGGAUGGCGCCAGAUGACGCAGGUCAAGACAAUAUGGCUCUCGAGCCUCCUGAUUAUGAUCAGUAUUGGCGGCUUCAACUUCUUUGGAUUAUCGGUUACUCGUACAGUCAGUGCUACUUCUCGCUCAACUAUCGAUACCUGCAGAACCCUUUUUAUUUGGGUUGUGUCGCUUGGCUUGGGCUGGGAGUCCUUCAAGUGGCUACAGAUUCUCGGGUUCGCCAUCCUCGUAUAUGCUACGUUUGUCUUCAAUGGUAUCGUCCAGCCACCAUUGAAGUCGCUGCGUCCCAACGAGGAGGUUGACCCUCUACUAGCCGAAGAUCCCAUCGAGCGCCCGUAG